AAGGGAGUGGAGUGAAAAUGACGGUGGUAAAAUUAGGGUUGUUCCUGAUUGUGUGUAUGAACUUGAUGUUAUGUGCAUCCCAACCCCAAGUGAUGAGAAAGGAGGCUACGAUGACAGUGCCACAACUCAUAACGGCAGCCGGCUACCCAACAGAGAAGCACCGAGUGCGAACAACCGACGGCUACAUCCUUCAGAUGCACAGAAUACCAACCGGGAGGCGGUCAGCGCGGCGGUCGGACUCGUCUAAGGGGAAGAGAGCUGUGCUGGUUGUCCACGGACUUUUGGGGUGCAGCGGGGACUUCGUCAUUAUGGGGCCUGAGAGGAGUCUUGGCUUCCUCUUAGCUGACGCCGGCUACGAUGUAUGGCUGGGCAACCUCAGAGGCAACCUAUAUACGUCACAUCAGAACAUGACGAGAAACAAUCCAGCCUUUUGGGAGUACAGCUUCCACGAACACGGCAAAGACGACAUACCAGCCAUGAUAGACAAGAUUCUGAACGUGACCGGUCUAUCCAAGAUCAUGUACGUGGGUUACUCCAUGGGGACCACCAGCUUCUUCACGAUGAUGGCCCAACGCCCGGAGUAUAACGAGAAGAUCAUCGCCAUGGUUGCCCUGGCACCGGCAGUGUAUCUGGACAAUGUCAGGCCUUUCACCGACUUGUUCAUCAAGACCAUUAAUGUGCCUGCCACCAUGCGUCAGCGCGGCUUAAUAUCAGUGAAUCUACAGCAAGACUUCAUGAAUACUGUCCUUGGGAGCCUGUGUAACUCGCGGGACCCUCGCCAGGACCUGUGCCUACAGAUAGUCUACACAGUCGUGGGUGACGAUUAUGAGCAGAAUGAUCCACUGAUGUCGAGCGUUAUCAUGGUCAGAAUGCAACCGGCCUCGUGGCGACAACUAGAACACUUUGCCAAAAUCGCUAUGUCAAGCGUGUUCACGUCAUGGGAGAACGGGUUGUAUGGCGACGUGAAGCCGUACAAUCUGACCAACGUUAAAGUGCCCGUCACUUUGCUCUACGGUCUCAAUGACAAAUUGACGGAGAAAGAUCAAAUCAUGCGUUUAGCCGAAGUACUGAACAGCACAGGCAUGCUAGAAGACGUCCGGCCCGGCUGCAACUGGCCCAAGUUCAACCAUCUCGACUUUGUGUUUGCUAAAGAUGUGGGGAAUUUGUUGAACAAGCCUUUGAUCAAACAUAUCAAUAAAUUGUAUGAGAGAUAUAGUCAACCAUGAUUAUUUUGUUUUAUUUUAUCC